UGACGUGAUCAUCCAGCGCCUGAUGAGGUUGCCGUUUAGCUAGCAAUGUUAAGUAAUGUGUCGAAAAGCUCGUAUGCGCACUUUGCGUGUCGUCUCUGUUAUUUAGUUUUCUUGCCUUGAUAUAUCCGAUUCAGAUCCACAAACGAAAGAGACCCGUGUCGGAUUUGGGGAAAAUGUACUGUUCAGAUUGAAAUGAAAAAAUCUGAUACAUGACACAUUGGGGGCGGUGGGGAGUCGGAAUUGACCAGCAGUAUGAACAUAGCCUUCGUGUCGGUGUUGUCGUGUCUGCUCCUCGCUUGCUCUUACGUUGGGAGUUUGUACGUGUGGAGGAGUGAACUGCCCAGGGAUCAUCCGGCUGUCAUCAAGCGGCGAUUCACCAGCGUGUUAAUCGUCUCAGGCCUGUCGCCUCUUUUUGUGUGGGCAUGGAGGGAAUUCACAGGCAUCAAGAUGGUGCCAUCACUACUGGCGAUAAUGGGGAUCCGCUUUGAAGGCUUAGUACCUGCCAUCGUCCUUCCUCUUCUGCUCACCAUGGUCCUGUUUCUUGGCCCCCUAACACAGAUGGCUAUGGACUGUCCCUGGAGUUUCAUGGAUGGCCUCCGGGUGGCCUUUGACCCGUGCUUCUGGGUGAUGUGUUUCAGCGACAUGCGGUGGUUGAGGAACCAGGUGGUGGCGCCGUUAACCGAGGAGCUGGUGUUCAGGGCCUGCAUGCUGCCCAUGUUGGUGCCCUGCGUGGGCCCAGCUGCUGCCAUCUUCACAUGCCCGCUCUUUUUUGGAGUGGCUCAUUUCCACCACGUGAUUGAGCUGCUGCGUUUCCGGCAGGGGACGCUGUCAGGAAUCUUCCUCUCGGCAGUGUUCCAGUUUUCCUACACAGCCGUGUUCGGGGCCUAUACAGCUUUCAUCUUGAUGAGAACGGGUCACCUGGUGGGUCCGGUACUGUGCCACUCCUUCUGUAACUACAUGGGUUUCCCCGCCAUCAGUGCGGCCCUGGAGCACCCCCACCGUCACGCUGUCCUUUCCUCUUACCUGCUAGGGGUCCUCCUCUUCUUUCUUUUUCUCUUCCCCUUCACUGACCCCUCUUUCUACGUUCCCCCCACUCCGCUGUGCACCUUGGCCUUUUCCUCCAGCGCCCUCUGCCUUCCCUCUUCUUGAUCCUUGCCCCUCUCUCUCUCUCUCUCUCUCUCUCUCUCUCUCUCUCUCUCUCUCUCUCUCUCUCUCUCUUUCUCUUUCUCUGUCUGUCUGUCUGUCCUUCACCUUGGUCCGCAGAGGUCGAGGAUUAAGAUGAUACAGAGCUCAGGUCCGCUCCCCUAAAGACAGCACGUGCUGUGUUUACUUUACACGAGUCUGGAGUGUAUCGGAGGCAUACCUGGACUUCCUCCAUCGGCGUCAGGCACGAAUCCAUUUGAGCGUCGGGGAGGCUCCAGCAGGCAAAUGAAUCACCGUAAAGUUUGCUUUGCAACGGCAACAGGAGGAGACGAUGUGUCUAGUGUUGUGCGUCGACGCCAGAUGAUGAUUGUAUUUUUUUUUUUAGACUCGCUCGGAGGGACCGCUGACGUUCCUCAAGUCAUUCAAACAAGUGAGAUAGAUGCGGCCUUCUGUGCUUUCAGGGUAGGCAAGUGUUUUAUAUUGUGAUUGUGACCACUACUUUGUUUACUUAAUAAUCCCCAAUAGGGAAUAUCAGCGGUGCUUUUGGCAGUAAGAACUUUAAAAAAAAAAAAAAAGCAAAACACUCUAUAAGCUAAACUGGAACUGUGAAGACAAAGUUGGCUGCUUGAGCAAUAGAGAUUUAUAAGGAUGUUUUUUUUUUUUUUUUUUAAGGAAAGGUGGUCAGUGUUUUGUUGUCGGUUGCUUUGUGUGAGGCCGACACUAGAAGGCAUCAGAGAGCCUUAGGUUUUUGUCUUGCCUGCAAUGGUGCCAGAACGUAGUGAGGAAAGUGCCGAACGUGGCCAUUACUCAGAAACGCUAUUCAUCAAGAGCUGUGUCACCGCUCCUGGCUGAUUGAUGGUACAGUUUGAAGAGGCUCCUCCAUGCCAAGAUAAACAUUUGCUGCAAAUAAAUUCAGUUCGUUCCAACCCCAUAAAAAGUGGCACCUGUCCCCCAUCGUUAUGCGUUAUAGCACCUCCUAAAGCGCCGUUCUUUUGAGUCUCACUUUGUCCUUGGCACUCUUUGACUUGUACAUGACUGUCACCGACCACUUUUGUAUAAAUGAUCAGGUAGGGUGGGUGGGUUGGGGGGAAACAAAGACACUGAAAUCUGACUUGGCUUGCUUCGAGUUUGAGAUGCAAAGUGUGUGUAAUGAUAUUCAGAGGAAUCUAUUUUUGCAAAGCUUGAGCAGCUCUGUUACUUUCCUCGAGGAGAAGGAAGAAUUCCAAAUGUGCUAAUCGACUUUGAGCGCAGCGCUGUUUUGUUUUUGUUUUUUGGUUUUUUUCCUAUUUUGUGAGUGCAGAGAAUGUGAAUGGAUCUCGCCUGUACAUUUCAAGUAGUUUUACUAGGACACUCUUUGACACAAACCAUGGCUGUU